AUGAUACCUGUGAAGAUCCUUUGUGUGUUCCUGUGCCUUAGCAUAGCUUGGGCACAAGAUGGAGAGAGUACCUUUGAACAGGUGGGUGCAGGGAGUGGGCGUGGUCCCAGGAUUGUGGAGCACAAGUCCCAGUCCAGCUGCCAGUCUGAGAAGAGCUGGCCCUUCUGUGCGGAUGAUGACUGGGGUACCAAAUGUCCAUCAGGAUGCAGAAUGCAAGGACUGAUUGAUGAAAAGGACCAGGAGUUUAGUCGCAGAAUAGACAGAAUCAAGAAGCUGCUCUCAGAUAAUCAAAACAGCUAUAAGAAGUCCAAUCAGAUAAUUGUGGAAACUGUAAACGCACUAAAACCAAACCUGGAGAGUGCUCAGGAGCUUGAUGAGACUUACAGUCGCCUGUCAGGAGAACUGAGGCGGAGAAUUGUGACAUUAAAGCAGAGAAUUGUCACUCAAGUGAACAGAAUUAAAGCUCUGCAGAGCAGCAUCCAGGAACAAGUGGUGGAGAUGAAGCGCUAGAGGUAGGUGGACAUUGAUAUUAAGAUACGAGCUUGCAAAGGAACCUGUGCUAGAAGUUUUGAUUAGGUGGACAAAGAAAGCUACGACAACAUCCAGAAGCAGCUUGCCCAAGCCAACUCCAUCAACUUGCACCCAGACCUUGAAACAACCACCUUGAGCACACUGAAAAUGAGGCCACUUAAGGACUCUAAUGUUCCAGAUCAUUUUAAGCACAUGCCUCUGCCAGAAAUGCAAGCUCUGAACAUAAUUAAUGACAUCAAGCAGAUGGAAGUGGUAUUAGAAAGACCAGAAACAGAUGCAAAACUGUCCCGAGGCGAGCUCUAUCACAUGGCAGAAUCGAGGGGGGAUGAAACUUCAUACACCAGCAAUUUAGUUAUUCCUACUCAUGGGAGAGAAACCCUUAGUCUGGGAGACAAAACCACCUCCACUGUUCGUAGAUGCACCAAAACUACCACCAAAAUUGUCUCAGGGCCUGAUGGCCCUAGAGAAGAAGUAGUUGAGAAAACAGUUUCUUCUGAUGGCUCAGAUUGCUCCUAUUUACCUGGAAAUGUUGGAAAGGAAGGGAGCACCUAUCAUUUUAGUGGUGCAGAUGGCUUGCACAGGCUAGAGACUGUAUUCCCUGAGCUAGAGUCAUUUUUCACCCCUGACUCUCCAUCCACUGCUACUAAGCAUGUUAGCGGAUCUAGCAGCUUCGCAACCAGCAGACACACCAGCACAGGCAGUCACCACAUAGGUGCAGGAGUAUCCAGUCAUUCAGGGACUUAUGGGGGAAAAGAUAAAUUUGGAGACUUAGGAGAGGAGGAGGAAGAUGACUUUGGAAGACUUCAGCCAUCUAGAUUCCCAUCUGGCAGUGCAAGUCACUCCAAGACUGUAGCGACCAGCACUUCUAGUUUCAAGAACAAGGGAGGCUCUACUUUUGAAACCAAAUCAGUAAAGAUCCGUGAAAAUGAGCAGCUAGGUGAAUUGGAACAUGAUCAGAGUGCAGAGGAUACCCCAGACUUUCAGGCACGCAGCCUCAGACCAUCAGGAGGGAAGCGAAGGACACCCAGCACUGGGAAAGACUGUGAUGAUAUCCGCCAGAAACACACUUCUGGUGCCAAAAGUGGCAUUUUCAAAAUCAAGCCAGCGGGAUCCAGUAAGGUUUUGUCAGUUUAUUGCGACCAAGAGACCACUUUGGGAGGAUGGCUAUUGAUCCAACAGAUGGAUGGAUCAGUGAAUUUUAACCGGACCUGGCAAGACUACAAGAAAGGUUUCGGCAGCGUGGAUGGCUAGGGGGCAAGGAGAGUUUUGCUGGGCAGAAACCUACACUUGCUGACUCAGAAUGAUACUCUCCUUCGGGUAGAGUUAGAGGACUGGGAUGGAAAUGCUGUGUUUGCAGAGUAUCUCAUACAGGUAGGAUCUGAAGCUGAAGGGUACACCCUUGCUGUGUCUUCCUACAAGGGCACUGCCGGUGAUGCCCUGAUCUCUGGCUCUGAAGAGGGCACCGAGUACACGUCCCAUGCCCAGAUGAAGUUCAGCACCUUUGACCAGGACCAGGACCAUUGGGAGGAGAACUGUGCCGAGAUAUACGGUGGGGGCUGGUGGUACAACAGCUGCCAGGCUGCCAACCUCAAUGGCAUUUACUACCUGGGGGGCCACUAUGACCCCAGGUACAAUGUCCCCUACGAGAUUGAAAAUGGCAUAGUGUGGCUGCCAUUUAAAGCCUCUGACUACUCCCUAAAAACGACCAGAAUGAAAAUCAGGCCCAUAGAAAACCCUGUAGAAUGA